GCUACGCUAGAAGGCGCGCCUUGAGGCUGUAGUAUUUCGUCAACGUUUGACGCCACAUAGCGUCUGCCUACCGCGGAUUCACCAGGCGUCGCCGACGGCAGCUACGGAAUUCCGCGGCCAAGCUUGAUUGCUAUCCUCCGAAGCAAUCAGUAUCAGUUACGAAUUCAUCGGCCAGGAUUAACCUUCAAUGUUUACUUGACAUCACGGUGACUAGGAUCCUUCAAAGUCUUUCUGAUGAUGUGUAAAAUAAACAGCUAAAGCUAAUAUCUAAGUGGGGAUUUGAUGGUGCUUCCAACCAAAGCCGAUACAAACAGAAAAUGGAAGGCGAGCAAGAUGAUUCAAGCAUUUUCAUGACCACAUUAGUGCCAUUAAAACUGACAGAUGGAGAUAAUACUUUAUGAACGAACCCAAAACCUUGCUCGGCUGUGUAUUGUCGUCCAGAUCAGUUUACUUUUGUAGAAGAGAGCGAAGCAGUUGUCAUUGAUCACAAAAGACAAAUGGAUGAUGAAAUCAAGGCCCUUAUCCCCACAGAAUGCAGUAAUAUUAACAGUGUGACUCAUCAACUAUUAAUGACAAUGAUUGACGGUAAAGUCUGCACUUAUCUUUCUGAAGCCAGAUCAAAUGCAUCAUGCUACCUGUGUUUAUCGAAACCAACAGAAAUGAACCGCUUAGAUGCUGUAACAUCAAAGACCGUGUGUUCUGAUAUAUAUGAGCUGGCUUGUCAUCCCUACAUGCCCGAAUAAAUUGCAUGGAAUGUCUGUUACACAUUGUGUACAGACUUGACUUCAAACAGUGGGCUGCGAGAAGUAAUGAGCACAAAGAGAUGUUGCAGACAAGAAAGAAACUGAUUCAAAAUAAAUUCAAAGAUGAGCUCAAUCUGUUGAUUGAUAUAGUGAAACAAGGUUCAGGAACUACGAAUGAUGGGAAUACAGCCAGAAAGUUUUUCGAGUUUCCCAAAAAAACUGCAACUAUUACUGGGUUGGAUGAAGAAUUUAUCAAGAGAUUUGCUGUUAUUUUGCAGGCAAUCACAUCUGGAGAAAAGAUUGACAUUGUCAAAUUCAAAUAUUUUGCCCGCAAAACAGCAGAAAUAUACGUGGAAUUAUACGACUGGUAUUACAUGUCGGCAACUGUGCAUAAAUUAUUAAUUCAUGGGGCUGACAUAAUAGAGAAAAACAACAUUGUGCCUAUUGGGACUCUUUCGGAAGAAGCCUCAGAGUCUCGAAAUAAAGAUUUCAGGAGGUUCAGGGAACAUCAUUCUAGGAAAAGAAGCAGGCAAGAUUCAAAUCUAGACAUCCUGAAUAUGCUUGUGUCUUCAGAUCCUGUUCUAAGUGCACAAAGGCCUAAAUUAGAUGCCAAGAGAAAGCAGAGCUUUUUUGCUGAAACUCUUGAUCUAAUACAGUUUCAGCAGACUGAGUUCGAGGUUUUAGAUAUCUCCAAUCUGGAUUCUAACUCAGAAUUGGAGUCCGACAACAAGAGUGAUAAGGAGAAUUUGUAAAUUUAAUUACGUAUUAUGAUUUCUUGCUAUUUUUGUAAGU